AUGGACGUGUUCAGAAACGAGGUGUUGCCUUGGUUGCCGCCGUUAGGCCAGACACUGGCAACAAGUGCACUAUUGGCGGUGGUAUACUACAUCACGAGCGCCAUUUAUUGUAUCUACUUUCACCCUCUGUCCAAGUUUCCGGGGCCCAAAUCUGCGGCCUUCUCUCGUAUUCCAUUUGCCAUAUCAGCUGUUCGUGGCCAGCAAUACAAAUGGAUGGAUAGUCUACACGAGCGUUAUGGCAAGGUCGUCCGGGUGGGUCCCAAUGAAUUGACAACCAUCUCAUCCGGUGCGUGGAAAGAUUUGUACCUCCAACGACCGCAGUUACCAAAAGACCCACACCCGCAAACGCCACCCCUGAAUGGCGCCGACUCGCUCUUUACGGCGGAUGGAAGCACGCAUCAGCGUAUGCGAAGAACACUUCUGAAUGCAUUCAACGACCGAGCUUUGCGUGCGCAGUCGCCUAUAAUCCAAUCUCAUACAGAUCUGUUCAUCCAGCGGUUGCGGCGCGAAGCAGCCAAAAGUGCCGAUGGUGUCAUUGACCUCGCAAAGUACUAUGGUUAUGCAGCCCUAGACAUUGUUUCGGACCUGACAUAUGGCGAGAGUUUCCAUGGUCUCGAGGGUGAUAAUGAGCACGGUUGGGUCAUGGGUUUUUUCCUCGGCGCAAAGUUUGGUGCAGUACGCAAUCAUCUGAGCUACUUUUACCCGUUGGACAGAAUAUUUGGAUACCUAUUUUUGCAGCUCACGGCUAAAAUCCGGAAGCGCAAUUGGAAGUACACAGCCGACUUAGUCACCAAGCGCCUGGAGAUGGGCGAUCUUGGAUCCUCGCGCUCUGAUUUCGUAUCACCCGUCAUCGGCAAUAUCAAUGAGACCAAGGAAAAGGGCAUUACUCGCAACGAACUGAAUACCCACUCACUCGCCAUCACCAUCGCUGGCUCUCAAUUGCCUACAGUUGCACUGACCACGGCUACAUAUCUGCUCCUGACUCACCCCGUUCAACUGAAGCGUCUUCUUGCUGAAAUUCGAUCAUCAUUCCAACAAGAGUCCGAAAUCAACGUCGUAACGACAGCCAAUCUGCCCUAUCUAGGCGCGGUUAUCGAUGAAACGUUGCGGAUACAUCACCCCACCCCGAUACACCUGCCCCGACUGAUUCCUUCCGAGGGACUACACGUAGACAAUGAGUGGAUCCCAGGUAAUACAUCGCCUCAAAAUUGGACCGAACCGUUGACAUUCCACCCUGAGAGGUUUCUGCCCCUUACCCAUCCUCUAUAUGACGCUCGUUUCAGCAAGGAUGACACAGAGGCAUUCAAACCCUUCUCCAUUGGUACUCGCAACUGUAUAGGCGGGAGGGUCUUCCUCGCCGAAGCGCGAAUCCUAAUUGCACGUACGCUCUGGAACUUCGAGUUUAGCCUCGAGCCAGGUGGCCGGGUAGACGACUGGCUGGAUCAAAAGGCUUAUCUUGUGUUUGAGCCCAAACCGCUUCGCGUUAGGCUGGUCGAAAAAACGAUAUGA